CGGUACAUUUGUUUCAAAUUAACGUGCAACUAUCGUGAACUGAGCCGAACUGGUUCAUUUCGGCUUUCGCGUAGGCCGCAUAGCAUUUUGUUUAUGUAAUUGUGCAACAGCUGUGCGAGAAUAUUAGAAACAUGUUCGGCUUAACGUUGCGCCAGUCCGUUCGAAUUUCAGCGCAAAAAGUGAAUCAACUACUUAGUGGAAGUACCGUAGUAGCCAAUAGGAGCUUACAAGCAAACAUGUCACAGUCUCAAGAGCCGCAAUAUCCGCCCAUAGAAACGGCGAUGAGGAAGGCGCUAACAGAGCAGCUGAAGCCGAUAUUUUUGGAUGUGAGCAAUGAAUCGCCCAUGCACAACACGCCGAAACAGGCGGAAUCACAUUUCCGUGUACUCGUUGUCUCCGAGAAGUUCAAUGAUUUGACGCUGAUAAAGCGCCAUCGACUGGUAAAUGACACAAUAAAGACGGCGCUAAAGGAGGCUGGGUUCGAGUUUAUGCACGCGCUCUCGAUCGAGGCGAAAACACCGAAGCAAUGGGAGCCUGAGCAGGAGCCGGAGAAGAGUCCGCCCUGCUUGGGUGGCUUUGGCAAAUAAACGGCUGUUGUAGACGGGGAA